AUGAUUUUGAAGAUGUUGAUGUUGUUGGUGUUUGUUCAAUCCUCCUUGGUGGAUUCGUGUAAUGUUCGUCCGAAAGGAACUUGUGAAGAUAAAUGGACAUUAGAAAAGUAUAAGCAGACUCAGCCAAAAUUAGGAGUUGUUUCGAAAUCUUGUGAAUGAGAAAGCAACUGUCAAACUCGUGAUUUUUCCAACAUUGAUUAUUUUUUGUGUCAACUUCCACUAUAAAAUAACCUCAGUUUUACUGAUAAGGCAUUCAAUAAUCAAACAAAUCGAUGCAUUUUUCUUUAUAAGUUUUGAUUAUUUUAUUAUAAAUUAUUUUUUCAGAAUGAUACCAUUUGUAAGUAGAAAUAAUAAUACAAUUAAAUGGACAUAUGAUAAUUUGAAUAUUUGGGAUGGAAAACAAAAAUGGAGUGAAAUUGUGAAGAUUGGACCAACUAAAUGGUAUGUUUUUUGUUUUGAAUGAAUUAUAAUGAGGUAAUUAUACUUUAGGAGAAUCAUAAUAGAAAAGAAUAUGAUAGAUGGCAUAAAUUAUCUUGGAAUAUACUUGACAUAUUCAGAAGAAAAUGAAUUGGAGAAAAAUUGGUUUUGUCGAACAAAUACAACAAUCAAAUUGAUUAAUCAAACUGGACAGAAAUUGAAUAUAACUAAAGCAGAUACUGCAAUUCAUAAUCAUAUUGUCCGUAGUUGGGGAUGGAAUCAAUUUUAUAAAUGGGAUGAUUUGAUCAAGAAUGGAUAUAUGAAGGAUUAUUCGAUUGUUAGUGAAAUUGAAAUGAGUUUUAAAUAUUACAAUUUCUCCAAAAAUAUUCUGAAUUCAACUGAUAUUAUUCUUAAAGUCAACGAUACUGAAUUUCAUACAAAUAAAGCGGUUAGUUUCGGAAAAUAUAAUAUUCUCCAAAAAAAAAUGGAAUAUUUUCAGAUAUUGCGCAAAAAAUCUGAAUAUUUCAAUGAUUUAUUCGCGAACGAAAACAAUCAACAAACUAUUAUUGAGAUAAAUAAUGUUGAAAUUGCUGAAUUUCGCUAUUUUUUCGCUUCAUUUUAUCCACUUUUUGAUGGUGUUAAUGAAGAAAGUUACGAAUAUCUCAGCAAAUUUGCCGAAAAAUACAAAAUUCCCGUAUUGCAAGCAGAUUGUGAACAAUUUUGGUUGGAACGUUUUGAAGUUUCAUUAGAGAAUGCUGACAGAGUUAAUGAUCCCGAUUUGUUGGUGAGAUUUAGAAAUUUUUAGAAAAAAAUAUUUGGAUAUAAAAUAUUUGUAGGAUCAAUUCAUCACAUCUCUGGACACUAUUCAAAAAAUUCGAGUUAUUCAAACUUCUCAAUUUUAUCCAAAGUUGAGAGAAUCAACAAGAACUAUGAUUGAAAAUCGAGUAAUGGAGUUGAAUACAAAUACAGCUAAUCAAUUAGGAAUUAAUUUUGAGGCAUUUUGUUUAUAA